CGCUCCGCCGAACCUCGAACCAUCUCUGUUAGAGCGUCAAUGUCGGUCACAAGAUGUUGUACGAACUCAUAGGAAUUGUGCGACCUGGCAGUCUUGCCGAGGUGAAGGAAAUCGCCCUCACCGCCGGCCAAAUCGUUCUCCGCAACGGCGGCGUCAUCCGCGGCAUCUCCAACUGGGGAGUCUUCGCCCUGCCGCGCCCCAUCUCCAAGGCCCAGAUGAAGCACAAGACCGGCCACUACUUCGUCAUGCGCUACGACGCCUCCUCUUCCACCCACACCGACAUGCGCACCACCAUCAACCUUGACCCCCGCGUCAUUCGCACCGCCCACGUCAAGCUUGGCGACGGCAAGCUCGAGACCACAGCCCGCUUCGGCGAAGUCAAGUGGGACCGGUAGACAUCCCCCCUCCGGGAGGGCUGGAAUGGCAUACCGUACGGCAUGAAAGAGAGAUGACAAAGAAGAGAAAAGCCACGAUCGCGCUGGUAGAGAUAGACUAGGGUUGCAGAUGUAGUCUGGAAGACGGGGAUGAUGGAAUCUCCCCCCGCGCCGGGUGGCUGAGAAGCAGCAUCAAACUGGUGGACGGUGUAUGAUACGAGAACAUCCCGAGCCGGUGCCGGGGACAUUGGAUUGCACAUGUGAAAGGCCGACGACUACUCGGCGUGUACAAUUACGUGGCACGCCACUAACACAAUAGACAGAAGAAGUUUCCAACCCACC